UCAAAAAUUUUCAACAUAUGAUUAGAAGGUGAAAGUUGAUGUGAAUGAUGUUAAAAUAUUCUUAUGAUAAAUGUUUUUGAAAAGAAGCAAUAUGGAUUUAUCAGAUAUAGCGCGGCGUCUGAAGAGGAACUUCGAUAGCUAUUCCUCAUAUCGUCGUUUCCUCAUAGUUUUAAUACUGUUUAUUCUAAUGCUUUUAUAUAUGGCACCAUCAGCCUUCAGAUGGUUGCUAUCGAGUUCUAAGCCUCUAGAAAAUUAUGAAUAUCGUUGUAUAUCAGAUAGAUUAGCAGCAUACAAUUUCAAGAGUGCCGAAUAUGAUGUGAAUAUCAGACAUAAACCUCUGCAAAUAAAUGAAAAAGAUUUUAUACCAUAUGCUGGUAACGGUUUCUUUGGAUUGGAGAUAUCUGACAUAGGUCAUAUAAAUAUAAAAUUGGGCAGAUCACUAAAUCUUCCCAUAUUUUAUCACCCAUUGGUUUAUGCAUCUGCUGCAAAUGGAAAUAGCCUCGAAGCUACAGUUGUUGAAUAUAAAAAAGGUAUCAUUCACAAAUACCAUUGUUUUCAGAGCGGCUAUUACAUAUCACAUGAAUAUUAUGCUCAUCGAACUUUACCUCAGGUUUUUGUUCAAGACAUUAAAUUUACUAAUCCAACAAAUUUAUUAUAUGAAGUAGAUUUAGUGUUAGCUCAUAUUUCAAACUGGCCUACGGCCACAACACAGCAGGUUAAACUACAGCAUGGUUCUUCUAUCUUGGAUUAUCAAGCUACAACAGGAUUUGUACAACUACCAAAUGAGGAGCGCAUCAUUGCUGUUAGUGUAGUUUGCAGAAAAUUGUUACCUACACUCAUACUGAAGAAAAGGUCAUCCACAAAUAUUGAGCUCUUAAUGACCAUUGAAUAUUCAGAACCUAUUUUGUUACAAGAUUAUUCUUUGAUGAAAGAUGUUGUGGAACGCAAAGCAAUAGAUGCAAUGAAAAAUGCUCUGAAGAAAGCUCAACACGAAGGCAAAGAAAUAUCACAAGCUUUUAGAGGUCAACAUAUGCAGGUUUGGCAGCAUUUGUGGUCUACUGGGUUUACAAUUAGUGAUUCAAAAGCAGAAAAUUCUAUUAAUGGAGAUCAGAUAAAUGCUACGAUGUACUAUGUUUUGUCCCAAACUCGUUCAUAUGAGUUUGAAGAACAUAUUAGUCAAAUACAAAAGAAUGAAAUUUCUAAAUCAUUGAGUUAUACAGAGGGGUGUUACGAAGGAUACCAUACCUUGCAAGCUGAUAAUUUAUGGAAAGAUUUAAAUACUUUGGAAAAUGUUAACACAGUGGUUAAAUCUUGGUUACUCACUCUAGAAAAACAAGGCUGUCAUAAUCUUGUUAAAGCAGGUGCCAGUGGGAUUAGCCAAGCCAUGGUUCUUAGUUUUGGUGGCCUUCGCUUUAGUAAUCAACAUUUAGAAUUCAAUAUACAUCCAAAAUAUUUGCAUCGUGAUUACCAUUUUCGAAAAUUGAAUUAUGGUAAUUUAACUCACUUAAAUAUUAGUGUAGUAGUAAGAGAUGACAAUAAAGCUGUACUUUAUGUAGCCGUCGAUAGAGCUGAUAGAAAUUAUUAUGCUUGUGAUGGUGGUUGCAUGGACGAUCCCAUUCAAUUAGGUCCUACAAAGAAACUAUUCCCAGUUAAGCUGACUGAACCUUUGACUGCAAUUUUAUAUAUAACUUCUGACAAACAACAUAUGGAAGAUUUGAAACAUGCUAUUCAUGUAAAAGAAGUCAAUGAGGCGCCUGCUCAUGAACAUCAUGUGAUUGCUUUACACAAACAUGGCCAUAGAUUAGGGGGUCUGCCUACACUGUUUUGGGUAUCGAUAUGUUUUCUAAUAAUUAUCUUCCAUGUAUUUUUGUGUAAAUUGAUAAUGACAGAAUGCUGUGAUCCACCAGAUAAGUAUCGCGGGAGGUACAGUAAACCUUGAUUUCUAGUUUUUGAUAGUAAUAUUUAUUUAUAUAGAAUUAUGUAGUCACAAAAUAUAUUUUGUUAUGUACAUACUGUACAUACCAGUGUACUC